CCAAUCAGUAGAGGGCGCUAGGCAAGAGCUCAUUAGAGAAACGUUGUCAAACUUGCACUUUUCGAAAUGAAAGCAACAACUAAAGUUUCGCCUUUGUCAUCAGCAGAAGAGGAUGGGGAGUCAGAUUGCUUUGUACGAGUUAGAAAGCGAGACUUGGAGAAAUUGGUGGCAGAGGUCAGGACGCUGCGAGAGUUUUUGCCAAAAGUAAUCAGUGGUGACUUUAUUGAUAUUCUCCAUAAAGGACAAUCUCUGGAUGCACUUAAAGAACACAGUGAUCAUGAGCAGCAGCAACUGAGACAGGAUUGUCUGCACAUCCGCGCCAGACUAGAUGCAGCUAAAAGCGAGUGUCAGAAUGAGAGACAGGAGAAGUUGGGUUUAAGGGAGCAGUUAUGGGAGUGCACAGAGCAGUUACAGCAGCAAAAAGAGUUUUGUACAAGGCUGGGUGUUGCCUCUUGCACCCUGCUGUGGAGUGCAUCCCAAAGGGAGGAAGCGAUCAGAUACAUGUUGGCUGAUGGUAAGCUGGAGCCCUUUCUGAGCAUAGCAGGUCAAACCUUGGAGAGUUUCAUUAAGUUUCUGGAUGACGAGGCAAAGCCACAGCACGGUUACAACUCGCAUGAGCAUCAAUUUGUUCUGGCACUGGCUGGCAUUGUUACUAAUAUAGCUGCUGUGUCUUGUGGACGGGACUUCCUUUCCUCUUCUGCCCACAUCCUGUUGGACACUCUAAUGCAGCUGCUGGGUCUAAUGAAGCCAGGAGUCUUUCCAAAAUUAAAAGUAUUGAUGCUGAAGGCUCUAUAUAACGUCACUAUCAGUGUGAAGGGACUGAAGUACAUAAGCGAGAGCCCUGGACUUCUACCUCUUCUCUGCACCCUUCUGCAAGACCGUGACCCAGAGGUAUGUCUGCAGGCCUUGAGGCUUCUUCAGUCUCUACUGCUGGAGAGAGAAGUCAUGUCACACAUGACCUCUAAUCUUCUGAGCUCUCUCCCACUGAAUCGUAUCCGCCAGCUAGUUUCAAGUUGCCACCCAGCUCUCAAACAAACAGCCCAAGAGAUACUGGAAGACCUGGGUAGCAUAACCCAGACCCAGGAUAAAGUUACAGAGAAGGAACAGUGAAGCCCUGCCCUUGAUACCUACACUGCCCUGUUGAAAGGUUUUUAAUUUGGAUAAUGCAGCUCUAGGUUUAAUCUGGGUCCAGUAGAUUCAAGACUUGGCCAUGUUCUGCAUGUAAUCACCUAAGAAAUCUAAGAAGAGAUUUGGAGUUUUAAGUUACACUGAAGCCACAUUUACCUUUUUAUGCAUGAAGAAUUUACAGUUUUUUUGUUUGUUUUUUUCAAUAUGUCAAUAGGUGUGCUGCCCCUUCUAGCACAUAAGCUGUCUUUGUAGUCCAUGUUAAAAACAAAACAAAUUUUACUCCAAUGAAAUCCAUCGCUGCAAUCAGCAGACAGAGUUCAGAUGUCAUAGAACCAAUUGAGGAAUGGCCCUAUGGGAGGGAAUCAGCUGUUUGAAAAAUGUUAAACAUAAUGCCCAGUGUAUUAUAACAGAAAAUUUAAAUGCAGAGAAUUUUAAGGCUGCACUUUUGAGUUAUGUUUGUUUUUUCAAAUGUGAAUGAAAAAUAGACUAUUUGAAUGUUCUUAUUUUGAUUGAUUUUAUUGGGGUGGCCCCCUUUCUCUUACACUGUUCAUGUGUUUAUAAUUUUCAUGGGCAAAGAAAUGUUUCCGGUUAUCCAAUUAAACGGUUUUA